AUGUUGCGUAAUCACCGAGCGGACGUCAACACGACCGAUCGCAAAUUUCGCACACCAAUUUUUCACGCCAUUCGCGCUGGAAACGAGACAAUUUGUCGCAUCCUUCUUUCCGACGAGAGGGCACUUAUUGAUUGGCAGGACAAACAGAAGCAGACUCCACUGGUAUACGCCGUGGAAAGGGGAUGUUUGUCCGUGGAAAGGGGAUGUUUGUCCAUGGCCUCGUUUUUAUUGAAUGAUUUCAAGCCAUCUGUGGAUAUCAAGGAUGAAAAGCGUCGGACUGCCAUCUGGUAUGCUAUCGCUCGAUGUGAUGAGAACUUGGUGGGACGUCUUCUGGAACGAAACAGCGAUAUAAGAACACCAGACUACAAACGAAUAUCCCCACUCGGCAUCGCUAUUAACAAGGAAAGCGUGACAAUCACCCGAAUGUUGCUCUUUCAUUCGAAGCUCGAUCCUGAAAAGCCCAUGAUAACGGAUCUAGAUACCAGAGAUCAUCCGCUCUGGUUGGCUGCAGGGGCUGGCCUCCCAGACAUCAUCCAGCUACUGGUUGCGUAUGGCGUAAAUCCCUCCUUCAGGGGUAGACACGGCCAAAGCCUGUUGCAUCGAGCCGCAAAAGGGGGUUACGAGGAGGCCGUCCGACAACUGCUUACCUAUGAAGAGAUCUCUGUCAACGCAACUGACAGAAAAGAUCGCACCGCCCUUCACAUUGCAGCAGAAGAUGGGCACUUGGAGGUAGCCAAGUCACUUCUGGCCAUGCAUGAUAUAAAUGUGAACGCAACGGACAGCUACGGUCGUACCGCCCUUCACAUCGCAGCAGAAUAUGGCCACAAUUCGUUCACAAAGAUGCUCUUGGCCUAUGAUACUGUGGAUAUCAAUGCCUCGGAUGGCGAUGGUGCAACAGCUCUCUGCUUAGCCGCACAUGAAAACCAUACAGCCAUAGCCCUACAGAUCCUCUGCGAAGAUCAUGUACAUGUCAACGCUAUUGGCAAAAUGGGCAGAACAACUCUUCAUAAUGCAGUGCGGAAUGGAAAUCAACCGAUCACAUGUGCCCUCCUCAAUCAUGCGGAAUUGGAUCCAAACGUUUGCGACGAUGAUGGAUGGGCAUCCCUCACCUAUGCCGCAUUUAAUGGCGAUUUAUGCAUGGUGGAAUUGUUCCUCGCAAGAGCAGAUAUACAAGUGAACGUGGCAAAAGCCCCUCCUCUAUUUCAUGCUGCGAAAAAGGGCCAUCUAGAAAUUGUACGCCGACUGCUUCGCUUUGAUACCAUCGACAUCAACCAAAGGUUCUGGAACAACUCGCCUAUAUGCAUUGCCUCCGAGAUGGGCCAUCUUGAAGUUACAAGGCUACUCCUUGCCCAGGGAGCGCGACUCGAUAUCAAUUCCAAAACUUACCUCGGAUACACUGCGCUUUCCUUGGCCGCCUUCCAUGGACACUUGGACAUUAUCGAUCUCUUGCUCGAAGACAGCCGACUGGAUGUUGCUGCUGCUGAUGAAUUUGGGGAGACAGCGUUAUGUCAAGCAGCUCGGAAUGGACAUGAACAGGUCGUCAAGCACCUCUACAGGGACCUUCGGGCAAAGGGUGGCAGUGAUGUGGGAAGGGCCAUUGAAGUAGCUUCCCACUGUAGAAUUGCGUAUUUCCUCCAGGGUCACUUGAGUGAAGAUGGUGAAUGGUGCACUUGGCCUUAA